GCGAGCGGAGACCAGCAGCCGGCGUCUCCGCCUUUGCUCCUUUCCCGGCCCGGGCUGGGGGCACCGCGCCGCGGCCACCCGCCCCGGGGACCCCCCGGCCCGCUGGCCCGCGAGGCGGCCCCGCCACCCGGCACCAUUCCCUCUCCCGGGCGGCCGCGGCCCCGGCCCCUCCCGCGGCUCAGCGUGGGGAGGAAAACUUUGCUGGCGGCGGCGCUCGGCGUGGUGAUGCUGCUGGCGCUGGUCAUCCUCAUCCCGGCGCUGGUGAGCUCGGCGGGCGCGGACGGGCGCUACGAGAUGCUGGGCACCUGCCGCAUGGUCUGCGACCCCUACCUGGGCCGGGCGGCCGCCACCGCCAGCGCCCGCCCGGAGCCCGACACCCCCGGCGGGCCCCCGCCGCCCUCNGGCCGGCCGGGCAAGCCGGGGCCGCCGGGGGAGCCGGGCCCGCCGGGGGCCAUGGGCCCGCCCGGGGAGAAGGGCGAGCCCGGCAAGCCGGGACCCCCCGGCCCGCCCGGCCCGGCGGGGGGCAGCGGAGCCUUCAGCACCGCCACGUACAGCACCGCGCCCCGCGUGGCUUUCUACGCCGGGCUCAAGAACCCGCACGAGGGCUACGAGAUCCUCAAGUUCGACGACGUGGUGACCAACCUGGGCAACAGCUACGAGGCGGCCACGGGCAAGUUCACGUGCAGCGUCCCGGGCACCUACUUCUUCACCUACCACGUGCUGAUGCGCGGCGGGGACGGCACCAGCAUGUGGGCGGAUCUGUGCAAGAACGGGCAG